AUUAGACCAGUCUUCCUGAAGGGAAAAAAAAAAAAUCUUGCGAGGGAAAAUAAUUAAAGAAGAAUUAAUAACGUGGAGUAAAGUCAUUGAUGGAGCAAGUCAUUAAUUAAAGUCAUUAACACAUUAAUUAAUUUAUUCUGAGGUUAAUUUCUGUAUUUUAUUUAUGUAUCUUCCAAUUCGUCCUGCGGUUAGGCAUGCGUGAAAAAUAUGUGACAGUUAAACUCAGAAAGCCUUAAAUGAACUGUGUCAGUGUGAACGGUGGAACACCUGAGCUGCCCAAAGCCCGACAGGAAAAAGAAGAUGGAGGAAGAGGAGAGGAAUGCCCCCAAACAGAAAGAAAAAAAUGACAAGUUUGGCUCCUGAGGAGGGCAGCAAUACGCCGUGGCAGCUCGGCUGCUAGUGCUGCGAAACACAAGAGGAAGAGGAAGAGGAAGGACAACAAGCCAAAACAACACAGAUAUGUAACCGCUAUUUUCUUUUUGGGAGAUGUGACGGCAGCUGAGGUUUCGCAGGAUGGACGAGAUCAGUCCCUUGUUAGGCAACCAGGCGCAGGAAGCUCCAGACGUUCCAUCUCCAAAUCUGAGGCCCCGGCACCAGGAGCUCAUCCCAACACCAUGUGGCCCGAUCAAGCCUUGGUCGGAGCUGUCGUGCCUGGUGAAGCUCUACUUCUGCUUCAGCAUGGCGUCCCUGUCUGCAAUGCUUGCCCUCACUGUGUUCAGCAUCUACAAGCAGACCAUGGCCACGUACGCCUAUGAGGAUGACGUCACUGUGUCUCUCGUCCAGCUGGUUGGGAUCUUGUUCUGUGUCUACUACAUCAUCCGAGGCGUCCUGCAGGAGAACCGUCAGGAGCUGGUGGCGUUUGUACUGAGUGUGUUGGUGGUCAUGGUGCGAUCGGUGGUCAACUUCUCAGUGCUGCCGUCCCAGGACAAGCAGGAGCUGCUGGUGCGUUUUGUGUGCAUUUUGUGUUUGGGCGUGGUCCACAUCUUCUGCACCACACUGCUCAUUCAGAGGCCCAACAUGAUGGCUUUCCGGGUCGGGGGGGCCUUGGAGAGCCUCCAGGAGCAGUACGUCCUGCUCAACCUGUGCUUCUCUAUGGUGACCUUUGACCUGCAGGCUCAGUUGUGUCUGUGUAUCCUGAUCAUGACAUCGGGUUCGACCAUGCCCACCUCCAACUACAUCAUCCUGGGCCUCGGAGUCUUCUGGGCCUGCCUGACCGCUGGUGUUGGGGCCGUUGCAGUUUUAAAGGAAGCCAAGACCUUGGUAUUGGUCUUUGUCCUGCAGAACAUUCCCGAAGUGGCCUUUUUUGUUUAUCUCAUGUACAGGAUCAUUGUAAAAUGGGGCCAGGAUAAGACGUACACCUUGGAGGCAGCUGCCGUCACUGGGGCUUUGAUUUCAGUGGUGAUUAAAGUGGUUUUAUUCUGGGCCCUCCUCAGACUCGUCCACAACUUUGGCCAAGGCCUGAGGGAGAGAAUGUUUGCAGCCAGCAAGCGAUAGAAGACCCGCUGGUGCUGGAGGAAAGAUGCAGGACCCAGACAUUUCGAAGAGCUCUCCUGCACCUAUCUGAUUUUAUUCUUGGUGAUCUGUUUGCAAGUGUUGAAAGCUCCGUUCAUUUCAUGAGUGUGCUCUAAUAUGCUCAACAAGUUCACUGUAUUUGACUUAUUUUAAAUUCAGCUUCAUUGUGCCUACCUACUUAAUGUGUAAGAUGCCAAGAAGCAAGAAGACUGUGUAAACAGUUUUUGUCAUGAAAACACAAUGACUUUGUCGCUGCGUUUUUACAUUUUUACUGUGAUGUUCAUUGUAAUCAAUUCCUAAUUGUUCAAAGUGCUCCAGGUUUGGAAACCAAAGAAUUUUUAAAGUGGCAAACACCAGCUAUUUUAAAAGGAGCUCUUCAUUGUAAAAGAUGUUUUAUUUGUAAGCUGCAGUUUUCUUGAUUUGAUUUUUAAGCAACACUGGAAUAGCAUUUAUCAGUACAAUCAUUAAUUUAAAAUGUUAAGCCUCACUUUUCAAAAUAACUUUUACAUGUUACUAAACCUUCUGCUGCACUUUAAUACCUGUGUGACAACUUGAUGUUUACAUGUAGGUUCUUAAUAAAAGGUCAGAAAGAAAAGGA